GGACAGUCCCUACUCCCUUGAUGACAUCACCUCUUGCACUUUCAAGAUGGCGGCUGUGGCGGCUGAGGAUGCUGAGCUGGAUGUUGACGGGCUGCGCAGAGAGGCGGAAACACUCCGGUCUCGCCUGGAGGAGGAACGCAGGAAAUCCAACGACGUUCAACUGAGAGAUGUGGCCAGUAAGCUGGAGCAGGUGCCACCCCUACAGAUGAAGGUCAGACGGGUGCUAAAGGGACACCAGGGCAAGGUGCUGGACAUGGAUUGGUCAAUUGACAAGAGACGGCUGGUCAGCUCAUCACAGGAUGGGAAAGUUAUCGUUUGGGAUGCUUUUGCAAACAAGCAGGAGCGGGUUCUGUCCAUGCCUACCACAUGGAUCAUGUCCUGUGCCUUUGCACCUUCCGGUGACAUAAUAGCCUGUGGGGGACUGGACAACAAGUGCACAGUGUUCCCCAUUGAUAAAGACUUGGAGAACCCAGAGAGAAAGAAGAGAACCAUAGCCAUGCACACCAGCUACAUGUCCUGCUGCAGGUUUGUCAAGUCUGGCUACCAGAUCUUGACCUGUAGCGGAGACUGCACCUGUGCCCUGUGGGAUGUGGACAGUUCCCAGCUCAUGCAGAGUUUCCAUGGACACAUCAGUGAUGUCCUCUGCCUGGACAUCUCUCCUGUACACUGUCGCACCUUUCUGUCAGGGAGCAGUGACAAGACUGCCAGUCUGUGGGACAUAAGAACAGGCCGGUGUGUGCACAGCUUUGACGGACAUGAUGGGGACAUCAAUGGUGUCAAGUUCUUUCCAACAGGAGAAUCCUUUGUGACUGCUUCAGAUGAUGGCACAUGUCGACUUUAUGACUUGCGUGCAGACAGAGAGGUUGCCUUGUACACAAAGGACUGUAUGAUCUUUGCUGCCACUUGUGUGGACAUUUCAAAGAGUGGUAGACUGAUGUUUGCUGGGUACAACGACUACACAGUAAAUGUUUGGGAUGUGCUGAAGUGUGUGCGGGUCGGACGGAUCUACGCACAUGACAACAAGGUCACAUGUCUGCAGAGAUCUCCUGAUGGCACGGCAGUCUGCUCGGGAAGCUGGGACACAACACUCAAGCUGUGGGCAUGAAGACAAUCUGGAGGUCUUGGCUGUCCAUGGAGACUACUUUGGAAGAAUUUAAGUUUCUUCUUACAUCAUAUGAAACAGAUUAUGUUGGUUGCCUAUGAUAACAGAUAGGAACAUUUUAUUAGCAGCAAUUAAUGGAAGAAAUAUAGAAUGAUGUUGACAAGCAGUGACUUUUGGUUCUGCCUGAGUUGUGAGAAGAAAAUAUUCAGAGCAGCUUGUGCUUUGCAGAUUUUUGUGUGCCAAUCACAUAUUGUUGCCAAUCAAUUAAUCUCAUUACAUCAACAGACAGAUGUCAAAAUAUGAAUGUACCUCAACAUUGUUCCUACACCAACAGUUUAAAAGGGAUACUUAGCAAAGUUCUCAGAUACUUAAUAUUAAGUUAUUUUUUCUGUAGAUUACUUGUUUCUAUGGAUUUUGAGUAUACUACAAUUCUUUAUCUGCAUGGAAAUUCCUCUAGAGGUCUUGUUUCAAUGUGAUAUACUCCUCUGUUUGUCUCAUCCUCAUGGACCAUUUUAUAGAAUGAAGAAAACCCUCUGGAUGUAUCAUAGUGUAUGCAGUCACAUUGCAAAAAAAAUUGUAUGAUUGUGUAAGUUGCUUAAACAGUUCGGUAACUGUGAUUUGUGAUUAACUAGGUAAGGCAAACAAAUCCAAUAUGUGCAAUAUCUAACAAUAUUUAUAGUUGGUAAUAUUGAUGUUAAGUUAUAGCUUUAAGUUUCAUGGUUAUUUUAGUAGAUGUAUAGUAAAACAUGCAUCUUUCAAUUCCUAUGCACAUUGUUAUUUGUACAGCACCAUGAUGACUAUACAAUUACAACAUACAGGCUUAGAAACGUU